AUGUCAAGGGGGUGGCAAACUUUUAGUGCAUUGUUAUUAUUUAUUGGGAUUUUUAACAAUGCAUGUGUCGAAGGUUUAGGGGUGAAUUGGGGGACUGUGUCAUCUCACAAGUUGGCUCCAGAAACAGUAAUUCAACUGUUGAAGGACAAUGGGAUUCAAAAAGUGAAACUUUUUGAUGCGGAUCCGACCAUCCUUAAGGCCUUGGCUGGCUCUGGCCUUGAAGUUAUGAUUGCAGCUACUAAUCUUGAGCUUGCUGAUUUGGGUGACCCUACAAAAGCCAAGGAUUGGGUACAUAAAAAUGUCAUCCCAUACAAUGUUAACUCCAAGGAUGGUGUUAAUAUCACAAUUGUAGCUGUUGGCAAUGAACCUUUCCUCCAGGCCUACGGGGACAAAUUCACAGGCGUCACUGCACCAGCACUCAAGAACAUUCAGGAUGCUCUCAAUGAAGCAGGAGUUGGAAAGACUACCAAAGCAAGUAUUCCUUUCAAUGGUGAUGUCUACAUGUCUCCUUUCUAUAAUCCAGUCCCUUCAGCUGGCAUAUUCAGGCCAGAUAUUGCAGAUAAAAUAAGAGAAAUUCUUAAGAUUCUAAAUGCCAACAAUGCACCGUUUAUCGUAAAUAUCUACCCUUUCCUGAGUCUCUAUUUCGCCAAAAAUUUCCCUCUGGAAUAUGCUUUCUUUGAUGGAGCCACACCACUUGUUGAUGGCAAAAUCCAAUACACCAAUGUCCUGGAUGCCAACAUGGACACAUUGGUUUCAGCCCUGAAGGUUGAAGGAUAUUCCGACAUGCCAAUCAUUGUAGGAGAGAUCGGAUGGCCAACUGACGGGGACACAAACGCAAAUGUGACGUUGGCCCAGAGGUUUCUCCAAGGACUCAUCAAGCAUCUUGCUUCCAACAAAGGCAGCCCUCUUCGACCUGGAUACCUGGAAACAUACCUAUUCGGACUUUUCGAUGAAGAUAAAAAAAGCACUCUUCCCGGGAAUUUCGAGCGUAGUUGGGGAAUCUUUAAGUACGAUGGACAACCUAAAUUCCCUCUUGAUUUGUCAGGUAAAGGCGAAAACAAGACUCUAGUUGCUGCAAAGGAUGUGCAGUAUCUCCCCAAGAAAUGGUGUGUACUUAAGGGAGAUGCACCAACUGAUGCUAACCUCGCAGACAACAUGAACUAUGCUUGCAACAAUGGCGGUGACUGCACCCCAAUCCAGGAUGGAUCAUCCUGCAAUUUCUUGGAUGCUAAACAGAAGGCUUCAUAUGUAUUCAAUUCAUAUUUCCAGAUUCAGAAUCAAUCCAACACUAGCUGUGAUUUUAAGGGGCUUGCAACAGUGACCACACAGGAUCCAUCCGUGCCAAAUUGCAACUUUACAAUUCAGAUUGCUCCAAGUACUAGUACUAGUCCCGCGCAUGUUGCACAUUCUUCAUCCCAUGAACAAGGAAAGAGUGCCGCUUCCACUUCUCUUCCAGGGACCUUGGCCACGAUUCUGGCAUUCGCCACAAUGCUUGCACAGCUACGAUUAUGAAUUUUAUAGGCCAAUUUUUGUUAAUAUUUUCCUGAGAAGAAAAUUGAUCAUUGUCGAUGUUUACUGCUUCCUCAGAAAAACAUUUGAUAAUUAAGUUUAAGGUUGCUCAACCUUGGCCAUGAUUCUGGCAUU